UCGGCAAGAUGGAAUGGUCGGUUGCUCUGUAAAAAAAUCGUCGGGAAAGAGGGCGCCAGUAGCGAAUAACCUUUCCUCGGCUUAAUUACAACGCACGGUAGAGGGAAUCUUCCCAAAAGAAAAAUCCUUCGCCGACCAUCUCCUCUCUCUCGCGCUGCUGCGCUGUUCCGCAAGUCUCUCUCCCCGGAAAUGGAAACUGCGUCUUCCUCCAGCGCCGUCCCGGAACUCGCCGGCGCCUCCGCCACUCUCCGCCGCAAUCGGAUCCUCUCCAGCAAGCUAUACGUCGAUGUGCCCCUCUCCAAGGUUCCGCUGAUCUACUCGACUUCCUACGACAUAGCAUUUCUUGGAAUCGAGAAGCUGCAUCCUUUUGAUUCUUCAAAAUGGGGUCGUAUUUGCAAGUUCCUGAUUAAAGAAGGUGUUUUAGACUGGUCUCGAAUUGUAGAACCAUUAGAAGCUUCAAAGGAUGAUUUGCUGGUGGUUCACUCAGAAGCAUACCUGAGCAGUCUUAAAAGCAGUUUAACAGUUUCCAUUAUUAUUGAGGUACCCCCUGUUGCAAUCCUUCCAAACUGUCUUGUGCAGCAUAAAGUGCUUUAUCCAUUCCGCAAACAGGUUGGGGGUUCAAUCUUGGCAGCUAAACUUGCAAUAGAGCGAGGAUGGGCCAUUAAUGUUGGUGGGGGAUUCCACCAUUGUUCGGCAGAGAAAGGAGGUGGAUUUUGUGCAUAUGCUGACAUUUCUCUUUGUAUUCACUUUGCCUUUGUUCGUUUGAAUAUUUCGAGGGUAAUGAUUAUUGAUCUUGAUGCUCACCAAGGAAAUGGCCAUGAAAUAGACUUCUCUGAUGACAGAAGAGUUUAUAUUUUGGACAUCUACAACUCUGGAAUAUAUCCUUUUGAUCUUGAGGCUAGGAGGUACAUCGACCAGAAAGUUGAAUUACUAAGUGGGACUAAAACAAAUGAGUAUUUGGAGCAAUUGGAUAAAGCACUUGAGGUUGCUGGAAAUAACUUCAAUCCUGAGUUGGUUGUGUACAAUGCUGGCACUGAUAUUCUCGAUGGAGAUCCCUUGGGCAGAUUGAAGGUCAGUCCUGAGGGAGUUUCAAUCAGAGAUGAAAAGGUAUUCAGAUUUGCCAGGGAAAGAAACGUACCUCUUCUAAUGCUUACGUCAGGUGGCUAUAUGAAGUCGAGUGCUCAAGUUAUAGCAGAUUCAAUUAUCAACCUUUCAGGAAAAAAACUGAUAGAUUUGGAUAGCCCUCUUAGGAGAAAAUAAUGGUAAAUAUUUUUUUUCACUAAAAUGUAUAUUUUGAGAAAAGAAUGAUGAUCAAAUGCGGCAGUAAUGACAUGUGAAAACGCAUUUUUGUAUAGAUAUAUCCAGAUGUUUACAUAGUUCACGUGUAAAUUAUGGACACUCUUUGCUGCUAUUGUACAAAAAUUUCAAGGAGAUGCGGCUAUUGGAGGACCAUAUUCUCUUAAUGAUAUCAUCAAAUGAUACCAUGACAAUAUGCCCUUACUCAUUUUAUACAGUGUAUUUUUGUAGCGGAAGAAGUUUUCGUUCUAUA